CCUGCCCCGCGGCCGCUCUGCCUGCACAGAGGAGGAAGGUCAGGCAGCCGGACUUGAUGUCUUUCUCCUGAGAGGAAACCAACAUCUAAACUUGCAAGGAUGGGGGCGCGAGCCGUCCUGGGCGUCACGCUGGCGGUGGCCUGCACCGGAGGCUUCUUCUCUCUCCUCCUGAGACACGAGGACCUCUUUUGGGGAGACACUGAAGAGGCACGUGUUGCCCGCAUCGUGGAGGCCAGCAAGCUCGUGGUGGAUGAGGCCAUGUACCACACGAUGAGAAGAAACCUGCACAGAAGGGAAGCCCCCUCCGCGUCCCAGCUCCUGUCCUUUUCCAAACUCCCCGAGCCCACCAGCCGAGCCGCGGCCCGGGCAGCGGAGGUCAUGGAGACGUCGAUCCAGGAGAUGAAGAGGGCUCACCUGCGGCGUGGUCCGUCGGGGCCCUGGACAGAUGUUUUGUCAGAAGCCCUGCUGAACACGAUUGCAAACCUGUCGGGCUGCCUGCCUCACCUGCUGCCCCCGCAGUGUCCCGACACCUGCCUGGCAAACAAAUACAGGCUGAUCACGGGGGCCUGCACCAACAGAGACCACCCGAGGUGGGGAGCCUCCAACACAGCCCUGGCCAGGUGGCUGCCUCCUGCGUACGAGGAUGGCGUCAGUGAGCCCAGAGGCUGGAAUGCCCACUUCUCAUACAACGGCUUCCCGCUGCCGCCAGUCCGGGAGGUGACCAGGCAAGUCAUCCGAGUUUCCAACGAGGCCGUUACGGAGGACGACCAGCAUUCUGACCUCCUGACGGCGUGGGGACAGUACAUCGACCACGACGUGGCCUUCACCCCCCAGAGCACCAGCAAAGCCGCCUUCGGGGGAGGGGCGGACUGCCAGCUGACCUGUGAGAACCAGAGCCCGUGUUUUCCCAUACAGAUCAUCACCCUGCGAGAUUACGUCCCGAAAAUCCUGGGCCCCGAGGCCUUCGAGCAGCACGUGGGCCCCUACCAGGGCUACGACCCCGCCGUGGACCCCACCGUGUCCAACGUGUUCUCCACGGCUGCCUUCCGCUUCGGCCACGCCUCGGUCCACCCGCUGGUGAGGCGGCUGGACGCCCGCUUCCAGGAGCACCCGGGCCUGCCCCGCCUGCCGCUGCAUGAUGCCUUCUUCCAGCCCUGGCGGCUCCUCGGGGAAGGCGGCGUGGACCCUGUCAUGAGGGGCCUCCUGGCGCGACCAGCCAAGCUGCAGGUGCAGGACCAGCUGAUGAACGAGGAGCUGACGGAGAGGCUCUUCGUGCGGUCAGACUCGGGGACCUUGGACCUGGCGUCCAUCAACCUGCAGCGGGGCCGGGACCACGGCCUGCCAGGUUACAAUGAGUGGAGGAAGUUCUGCGGCUUGUCCACCCUGCAGACCCAGGCUGACCUGGCCGCCGCCAUGGCCAACCGGAGCGUGGCCGACAGGAUCCUGGCCCUGUACCGGCACCCGGACAACAUAGACGUCUGGCUGGGCGGCUUGGCUGAGAAGUUCCUCCCGGGGGCGCGGACAGGCCCGCUGUUUGCCUGCAUCAUCGGAAAGCAGAUGAAGGCCCUGAGGGACGGCGACCGGUUCUGGUGGGAGAACCAGGCGGUGUUCACUGAAGCGCAGCGGCAGGAGCUGGGGCAGCACUCCCUGGCCCGCGUCAUCUGCGACAACACCGGCCUCGCUCACGUGCCCCCUGACACCUUCCGGGUCUCCAGGUGGCCCCAGGAGUUCGAGCCUUGUGAUCACAUCCCGGGCAUGAACCUGGACGCAUGGAGGGAGGCCCUGCCUCCAGAGGACACGUGUGGCUUCCCCAGCCAAGUGGAAGACGGGGGCUUCCUGCUCUGUGACGAGCCUGGAAAGCGUGUGCUGGUGUUUUCCUGUCGUCACGGAUUCCGGCUCCAAGGGCCAGAGCAAGUCACCUGCACCCCCAAAGGAUGGGACUCCCAGCCCCCCGUCUGUAAAGAUGUGAACGAGUGUGAGGACGAGCCGGAGCCCCCCUGCCACGCGUCCGCCCGGUGCAGAAACACCAAGGGCGGCUUCCGGUGUGAGUGCUCGGACCCUUACGUGCUCGGAGAGGACGGGAGGACCUGCGUAGACUCUGGGAGGCUCCCGAGGGCGUCCAUGGUCUCCUUCGCACUGGGCGCCGUGCUGGUCUGCGGCCUGGCAGGCCUCACCUGGACAGUGGUUUGCAGGUGGACACACGCUGGCCCUAAAUCUGCGCUGCCGACUAUGGAGGGAGACGGAGCAGGGACUUCGCGGCUGGGAUCUGGGAAACAGCAGGGGGUGAGCGGCUCCCGCCACGUUCCCGCUGGGGACGUGUAGCAGGUGGGUCCACACCCUGUCCCGCUGGGAUUCCGAUGUCAGACGUUUCCACUGAGACCCAGGACGUCCUGCCCCGGCCCUUCCCAGCCUCCUGCUCCGGGUUUUCUUCUCCUGCAGGCUGGAUGUAUAGAAUGCUAAUUUGUCAAAGUGUUUACCUACUUUAAAAAAGUAAAGAUGAAUGAGAAUCGUGAACCAGGGUGACAGGGCUUCAGACCCAAGGGUGCCUGCCGGGCGUCUGCUUCACCGUGUCCCCUGUACCGACUGCGGGUCAACCAGCGGCUGAAGGGAAGUGUUGACAUGUAAAACAUGCGUUCGGAAACAAAUGAA